CUGCCGUUUGAACUAACGACUAGAGCUGCUGUUUAUAAAGCGCUCCGUCGAAAAAAGAAAUGUCCAGAUUCUACAAAUAUUUUGACGUGAUCUGUUCUCACAUAGUCGUUUUAGGGACCACUCCGAUAGGCAACGUGGUAAAAUAGCAAUAAAAUGGAAGAAAAACUGUGUUUUGUGCUGCUAGCUUGCGCAGCAUUUGGAAUUUACGGCGUGGAUAGCAUCGUGGGAGGUCACAGAUCUGUUUCUAAUGCGGCGCCGUUUAUGGUUUCCGUGCAGAACCCAACGCACAUCUGUGGCGGAGUCUUGGUCGGCGAGAAUUGGGUUCUAACGACGGCGUCUUGUGUUCAAGGAAAAACCAUUCUCAAGGUCCUCGUCGGCUCAGAUCGGUUACUGACCAACAUGCAACGUGUCGAUGUAUCUAGCAUGGUUAUUCACACACAGUAUAAUCAAACUUCUGGAGCCAAUAAUAUUGCGUUACUCAAAUUGGCAAAAUCAGUGACUUCAGCUCGCGUUAAAACUAUUGCAUUGAACGACAUCGCCGUAACAAGCGGGCUUACGACUGAGUUCUAUGGAUGGGGCUCACUAGUUUAUGGUUCAUCUGCAAGAUCCAAUGAGCUGCAAACACUCUAUCAGAAGACAUUGAGUACAGUUGAUUGCAAGGCAAAGUAUCAAAACGUGUUGGGAUUACAAAAUAAUCAGAUUUGUGCGCAUAUCCAGAUGGGUCAAACUGCAUGUUCGAAGGAUCAAGGUGGACCGCUAGUGAGGUACAGCAACAAAAAGCUCCUAGGAAUCUAUGCUCAUGGCGUACAAUGUAGUGGAAUGUAUCCAGAUGCGUUCGUGAGCGUUUUUCCAUACAAAUCGUGGAUUGAAACAACAAUGGCAUCAAGAUAAUCUUAACAUGUUAAAAAUUGGAAAGAGGCAGGAUUGGAUUUUGGAAAAGUGCUUUAAUUUUUCAACUCAUCAUUUAUUAUUUUAUAAAUUCUUAGCGAUUCGAAAAAUAAAAAUCUUUUUUUAGGUAACACUUUUUUUGAACAUCGUCUUUUUCUCAGAGUAGCAAAAUAAAAUCGUCUCUAGUGACAAACAAUACAAUAUUUGAACGGUUUAA